GGUGGAAGCAACAUCUCCUGUUCGCUGUCUGUCAGACGGACUCAGCAGACGUUUCACUUCGUCUCUCUCUCCAGCUGCUCUCUGUGGGACCAGGGCCAUGUGGAUUUACGGGCUCAUUGUCGGACUUUUCGUCGUUUCUUAUUCCGAGAGCAGAAGAAAUGCGCUCCAGGACUACCAGAAAUCUGAUGGCAUCCAGCUGCUUGCAGCGACUGCUGAUCCCUCCCACCUGACAAAAAGCAGGAAGCUCAGCUUAACCAAAUGUGCCAAAACCUGCAGCCGAGGCAAAAGACUCCCUUUCAUCUGCAGAGCUUUCAUCUAUGAUCACAAGAAUGUAAAAUGCCACUGGCUUUCAUUUGACAAAAACUCUCGAGGAGCUGAAAGCCAUCAAAACUCCAACGUUGAACUCUAUCAAAAGAAAGACUAUGUAAGAGAAUGCAUUGUAGGCACAGGUCAAAGCUACAGAGGGCGGAGGUCAGUGACAGUGAACGGGAUCCUCUGCCAGGCCUGGGCCUCACCAAUACCUCAUGAACACACCUUCAUGUCGAAAAAGUACAGGAAGAAGGACCUCAGGGAUAACUACUGCCGGAACCCUGACAACUCCACUGUUGGUCCGUGGUGCUUUACCACUGACCCCAGCCCACACCUCAGACACCAGGAGUGUGGCAUACCACAGUGUUCACAAGUGGAAUGUAUGAACUGUAAUGGAGAGGAUUACAGAGGACCCAUGGAUCAUACAGAAAAUGGAAAAGAAUGCCAGCGGUGGGACCUGAACGAACCACACAAACACCAAUUCCACCCCAAGAGGUACCCUGACAAGGGCUUAGAUGACAACUACUGUAGGAACCCAGAUGGACGUCACAGACCCUGGUGUUUUACCACUGAUCCAAACACACCGUGGGAGUACUGCAACAUCAAAGUCUGUGAAACACCUCCCAAGAGUCCUGUGGUGAAAACAACCGAGUGUUACGAGGGCAGAGGAGAGGGUUACCGGGGGACAGUAGACAUGACACCUAGUGGAAUCAUGUGCCAACGAUGGGAUUCUCAGUAUCCCCAUAACCACACGUUCAUGCCUCAAGCUUACCCUUGCAAGGACUUGAGAGAGAACUAUUGUCGGAAUCCAGAUGGCCAAGAAUUCCCCUGGUGUUUCACUACAGACCCAAGAGUCCGCACCAUGUUCUGCACCAACAUCCCUCGGUGCGGCGCCCACAACAGGCCUGACAGUGAUUGCUACAGGAACCUUGGAGAGAAUUACCUGGGAAAACAGUCAAGGACUAGAUCAAACCUGCCCUGUUCUCCCUGGAGAGACCACAGCAACAGUGGAGACAGGGGCAUGCUGAUGGCUGGCCUGGAGGAAAACUACUGCAGAAAUCCAGAUCAGGACAAACACGGUCCCUGGUGUUUCACCAACAAUUCUGCCAUUCAUUGGGACUACUGCAAUGUAAAACCUUGCGAUGAUUCACAGAACACCAUUCCAGCAGUUAAGCCAUCUCCUGUGAGAUGUUUUGUCCAUAAAAGGACCAGGAUUGUAGGGGGCGCUCCUGUUGGCAUAUCAGACGGCAGCUGGAUGGUCAGCAUACAGAAAGGAUCAGUUCAUUGGUGUGGUGGUUCAUUAAUACGAGAGAAGUGGGUACUUACUGACAGGCAGUGCUUCUCUUCCUGUGUUCCAGACCUCAGUCAGUAUCGGGUGUGGCUCGGCAUCUCUGACCUUCGACAGGACUCUCCUGACAGGUUCAAGAGACAGGAAGUCCGCAUUGCUAAUGUAAUAUGUGGCCCUAAUGGCUCUAGUCUAGCCCUCCUACGGCUUGAACAGCCUCCCCUUCCUGCAGAUAAUGUCCAUACUAUUCAGCUACCCCUGGCUGGAUGCUCCAUCCCAGAGGGAACAAUAUGUAAAAUGUAUGGAUGGGGAGAAACCAAAGGCACUGGCCAUGAUGAUGUUCUUAAAGCAGUCAACUUGCCCAUUGUUGGUAGUGACAGAUGCAGAGAAAUGCAUCGAGGGAGCUUCCACAUCACCAACACCAAGAUCUGUGCAGGAGGGAAAAAGAACGAGGGAGUGUGUGAGAGAGAUUAUGGCGGCCCUCUUGUGUGUCAGGAUGGUGAGCUCAAAGUUAUUGUUGGCGUAAGUGUCCAUGGCAGAGGCUGCGCUCGGGCCAACCAGCCUGGCAUCUUCAUUAAUGUGCCCUUCUACACACAGUGGAUUUACAAGGUCUUCAAAUAUUACCCUGACCCAGAGAUUGCUUAGAGACUGAAAAAAAAGACUAUCAAGAAACUAAAUCAAAGCUAGAGCCUCUAGUCUCUAACUCCAGCUGUGCACUCAGGACAUCUGGUUUCUGUGACAGAUAUACCUGUGGGGUCUGGAAAUGAAGAUGAAGUUCGGAGAAUGCACUCUAUGACCUAAGAUUUAUAAUCAUCUGGAAGCGCCACACCAUUUCUACUGUAAAGAUCACUGAUGGCAAAUAUAUAGAAAAUUUGUUUGUCUUUGUAUUGAACCACUGGAACAGCAAACAAUGGAAGUACUCAAUAUAAGGACACUGUAAUAAAGACUGAAGUCUUUGAGUCAGAGGCAAAGCAGGGGAAACGAAAUGUCGAUUUUCACCCAUUUUCCAAUUUUUCACUUGUCUACCAGAGCUCUGUGUAUGUGAAUAUGCUCAAUUCCUGGCAUUACUUGAAUAAUUUGAACACCAAAUGCAACACUUCAACAGCUCCCUUUGUACAGCGUAUCAGCAGGCCUCUUGGAAAUCCAUUCAAUGAAAGAGCAACGAUAAGGGCAUUCUCACCAGGCUUCAUGCAUCUCCAGGGACUUCAGUGAAGUAGUCCUUAAUGUAAAUAGUGUUUUUAUGAGUGUGUUUGUGACACUCCAAAUGCAAUUUAGGUCUUAUAGAUCUAUGACACAAAUGUUGUGGCAGGCAAAUGAAAUAAAGCGUGUUUUUAUUGUUUAGAUUUCAGUCAAGUUUCUGUUUCAUUUUAACGUCAGAAAUAACUCAGUUCUCGAGACAGUAAGGUUGUCACAGUACCGACAACUGUGUAUCUGGGAUGUUCUCUGGGAAAAUGUGUAUGAAUGAUCACUUAAUCCUUAAGGAAAUGAAAUAAUAACAAACUAUAUCAAUCACAUGGACACACUUUUUUAUAUUAAAUAUUUCAAGUGUCUAUUACUCAUGGUGUUUUUGUUUUUGUUUUUCGCAAUAGUUUCUAUGCAAAAAAAAGACAUCUACGUGGAGAUAAUUUAUGUUUGUGCAUGUGUGAGACAGACGAAAAAAAUAUCAAACCUUGGCAGAUCCACAUUUUUUUCCCACUUUGGAUGUUAGGAUUGUGAACAUGGUUGCCUUAAAUUUUGUGGAUGGGGAAGUCUUUGUAUAGAGUUGUCAGUAAUGGACUUAAGCAUAAGAAAUCUAAAAAAAGAAAUUACUCAUUUUUGUUCCAAUGUCAAUGACUGAGAUGCCUUUAUAUCACAACCAUAUUAUGACUUUAAUUGUGAUAAGAUGGAUUUCACUCUCUGUGUCAUGAUCCUGGGUCGUUACUGUUUGAUAGAUUUAUGGAUUUAGGUUUUGUCAUGUUGCUGUUUUUUGUUUCAUUUGAGAGUUGUUGUUCGUGUUAAAUUUUUGUAAUGUUUAUUUUCUUUAUAUUAUUUCUGUUCAGUUUGUACCAAUACUUCUGUGUUUUCAGUCAGUUUCAGUACUUUACCACAGUCAGUUUCUGCUCCUCUGUCUUCUACGCCCACCUUCACCUGCUAACAUUAAGCCACUUGUUUCCAAGUUCUUUAUUAGCUCAGGUCCAUUUAGUCUCCAAAUCUUCACCUCUUCUUCAGUCUAGCAUUGCGCUUCAUGCCCUGGUCCAUCUUUCAAGUUUUUGCUGUUUUUGUAUAUUUAUUCUGCCACAUCAGCCUUUAUUUUUGUAUGUUUUUUUUAUGAUAAAUUAAAUAUUUUCAUUUUCAUGUAAGUUCCUUGUGUUGGUCUACAUUCCUGGAACUGACCCUAACUAUAAUUUGWGACAUUUGUUAUUUGUGUGUGUGUUUACGGAAAUAUGCUGCAGCUGCUAUAUUCUACAGGUUGUACAGUAUUAUCAAAUAUUUUCUGUAAAUACAUAUAUGUAUGUGUAUAAAUUCGUCACAAAGUUCAUCUUAUCCAAUGUGCUUAAUAAUAAACACAUUUUAAUCUAA